UUUUCAGAAACUUUUAGUCCUGUUGUCAAGCCUACUACUGUUCGUAUUGUUUUAUCUCUAGCGGUUUCCUUUGGUUGGACCAUGCGUCAAUUAGAUGUUAAAAAUGCAUUCCUUCAAGGAAAUAUGACCGAGGAAGUUUAUAUGCGUCAGCCGCCCGGUUUCAUUCAUCCUCAAUUUCCUAAUCAUGUUUGUCAUCUGCGAAAGGCAAUUUAUGGUCUUAAACAAGCCCCCCGGGCCUGGCUUUACAGGUUUAGUAGUUUUCUUCUGAGUCGUGGCUUUAUAUGCAGCAAGUCUGAUAAUUCUCUAUUUAUUUAUCGUCACGGGUCAUCUGUUUUCUACCUUCUCCUCUAUGUGGAUGAUAUUAUUAUUACUGGUAAUUCCCCUUCCUUUAUUUAUUCAUUUAUUUCUUGUCUGGGCCGUUACUUUGCUAUGAAGGAUUUGGGAGAUUUACAUUUUUCCCUGGGUGUCCAAGCUGUUCGUCUCUCUAAAGGUCUGUUUUUAUCCCAACAAAAAUAUGUGUCUGACCUAUUAGCCCGUUUUCAUCUUCAUACACUUAAACAUGUUCGCACCCCUCUUCCUUCUAGGACUAAAUUAUCUCUCACUGAUGGUGAACUUCUUGCAGACCCUACUAAGUACAGAAGUAUGCGCAUUUUCAGGUACUUACAGGGUACUUCAGCUCACGGCCUAUUGCUUCAGCCAGAUCGGUCGUCUCCUACUGUUAAUGCCUAUUCUGAUGCGGAUUGGGCCGGUUGUCCUGACAGUAGUUGGUCCACGUCUGGUUUUGCUAUUUUCUUGGGUCCUAAUUUGUUCUCUUGGAAAUCCAAGAAACAACCUACAGUUUCCCGAUCUUCUACUGAAGCCGAAUAUAGGGCCAUUGCUUACACAGUUCAGGAUACAUUACACAUCCGAUCCAUUUUGUUCGAGUUAGGCGUUCCUAUUCGUACGCCUGUCCGUUUGCUAUGUGACAAUGUCUCCGCUUCAUAUUUAUCUACUAAUCCUAUUCAGCAUGCACGCAGCAAACACAUUAGCAUUGAUUAUCUUUUGUUCGAGAACGUGUCUCACAUGGAGAUUUAAUUGUUCGUCAUGUUCCUACACAGUUUCAGCUUGCAGAUAUCUUCACCAAAUGCUUGUCUCCGCAGCGGUUUAUCUUUCUUAGAGACAAUCUGCGCGUUGUUUCCCCUGCACAGAUUGAGG